AUGAGCAGCGUCUGUGCUGAUCAGCACAAGUUUCUUCCCUUCUCUCCCAAGAAAUCCCUCCCCGACAUCCCUCCCCGUAAGCUCCUCACUCGCCGUUCUCCCGCCUCCGCCAUCCACGACCCCGACAUGUUCCCUGACUCCCCCCGCUUUUCCUCCUCCGACGAGGCUUUCCUUCACAAGUUUCUCCCUCGAAACAACCUCAACGUCGACUCUGACGACGAUGAUUCUGAUCCCUAUUCCUCUGACCACUUCCGCAUGUACGAGUUCAAGGUCCGCCGCUGCACCCGCAGCCGCAGCCACGACUGGACUGACUGCCCCUUUGCUCACCCCGGUGAGAAGGCCCGCCGCCGCGACCCCCGCCGUUUUCAUUACUCCGGCACUGUCUGCCCCGAGUAUCGACGCGGUGGGUGCAGCCGCGGUGAUAGCUGCGAGUUUGCGCACGGCGUGUUCGAGUGUUGGCUUCACCCUGCCAGGUACAGAACUGAGGCUUGUAAAGAUGGGAAGAAUUGUAAGCGAAAGGUGUGUUUCUUCGCUCACACACCUCGCCAGCUGAGAAUUUUGCCUGUUAAUUCUCAGUCCCAUAAUUCUUCAUCUGCCGACCAUCACGCUUCGUGCAAGAAUCAUAAUAAAUUCCUGAACCCCACCUCUGGAUCCAACAAUUGCUGCUUGUUUUGUCAUCAUUGCGCUGCUGGUUCUACCUCAUCUCCAACAUCCACGCUGUUUGGAAUGUCCCAUAUGUCACCGCCACUUUCUCCGUCGUCUUCCCCUGUUUCACCGCCUCUUUCACCGGUGAAACGCCGGUCGAUUGUGAAUGGAGUGUCACCAAUCUCUCGAUAUUGUGACAGACUUGCAGGGUGCGAGACAUUGUCAUCUAGUAGGCUGAUGAAUAGUCAUGGGCUGGCGAGCUAUAAGGAUGCUCUCACUGAAUUAAUGAGCUCCUUGGAGGGUCUGAAUUUCAUUGAAGCCAACGCUUCGCCUGUUUCUGCCACAAAAUCCCUAAAUCUUCCAUGGCUUGACAUGUCUUUGAUUAACUGUGAAGACCAGCAGCAGCAGUUCAUUCUUUCACCCGGCGCUUCUUUUAGCUUUGAAGAUCAGCAGCAACAGUUUAUUCUUUCGCCAUCUGCUCAUAGUACUCCAACAACAUCUUCUGUUUCUUCAAGCUUCUCCAAUGGGAAAUUGUAUCCAAACAGCACAUAUCUCAGCAGUGAAAGCAAGGCUGUUUCAACUGAUAACGGGUCCUCUUGCUCAGCCCCAGAUCUCGGAUGGGUCAACGAGCUGCUGAUGUAG